UAAAAGUUAAGUAUUCUUUCUAUCAAACCCCCCACCCGGAUAAAACAAGCGGACCAAAUAAAUCAUCAAGUCAUCAAUCAUAUAAGGUUCCGUGUGGGUUAGAGAGAAUGAGUGGAAUAAGUGAAUCCAAUAAUGAGAAGCAAACAGAGCAUCAAAGUAUAAAUCAAAGCAGUAAUGAUAAUGAGAAAGCAGUUUCUAAUACAGACGUGCCUAUAGGGAAGGGUAGUAAUCAAUCAGACCUGGAGGCGAAUAAAGAACCAAGUGGUCCACUGGAAGAGAGAGAAGCCUUAGCAUCCCAUACUGAAGAAACAUCGAAAGAGAAGAAUGUUGAAACGCCUUCAGAAGAAACCACUAACCGAAAGGAAAUACCGGACACUAAGGAGCAGGAUUCGAAUGCAUCUCGUCCAGAACAAAAUGAAAAUCAGAACACAGAAGAGACUGAUUCUAAGCCCGAGUUAUUAGACGAUAAUAGACCGAAACCUAGAAAAGAAUAUAAGACCAAAGCCAGAUUGGCCAAAAUGCAAGAGCAAUUGGAUAGUCAGGUACAAGAGGGCUCGUAUAGACCGAGAACUCCUCUGUAUAUUCCUAAAUUCGAAGAAGUUCCUCCAUUUGAAAGAAGAUUGUCAACCGAAACAAUUGCUUUAUUAAACAAGCCUACAUCUACAGUCUCUACCGUCACUCCAAUCGAUUUUCAAUUUUUUAAAGUCAUAGCAUUAACCAUGCAAAGCAAAGGCUUUCAAUGUUCACAAGAUUUUUUAACUGAGCUCACAGAAUUGAGUAUAACUUAUUUGCAUGAUAUGAUGGAUACUUUGAAAAGGUUCACUGAGAUUCAAAGAAGGCGCAAACCAUCGAUAGGUGAUACGAAGCUUUUGUUACAAUCCAAAAAUAUAAAUCCCACUCACUUGUAUGUGGAGUAUGAGAAAAGCAAAUGUUUUGGUAAACGUAAACAAUUAGAAGAAAUUAGCUCACAAACAGAUCAUAUUCUACAAGUAUAUAAUGCUGAUGAAAUAACGUUUGAGGAAAAUGACCCGUCUAUCCCAUUUUUCAAUAAAGAGUAUCAAGAAAUCACAGAAUUAGUACCUAAACAAUCAGGAAAACCAAGUUAUGUUCCUAGUUAUUUACCAGAUUUGCCUCCUGAUUAUACAUAUCAAAAUACAAGUAGAUUCAUGGAUCAAAUAACUGAUUUGAAAGAAAUCAGAUUAAGGCUAGUGGCCGAAUCAAGACUCACGGACAAACCACUUAACGAAUUAAUAGAUAAUGAUGAAAAGAAAUGGAGGCACGAGUUUGAAGUUGAAUUAUUAAAGUCUGGAAACAAAAUUGAGUUGUUAGUGGAAGAUAAGGAAGAAAAUGAAGUAAGUAAGGAAGAAGACGUUAAUCAAAACACCAAGGAAAAUACAGAGACUGACUCUUCAUUACUGAUAAAUAAUGAAAGAAUACUACCUAGAGUGGAGACAAAAGCAUUUGACUUUGUUGAGUAUGCAAAAAAGAGAAAGCGUGAAAAAGAAAAGCAAGAACAAGAGAUUGAAAAGAAGAGAAAAUUACGUGAUGAUAAUAUAUUCAUGAAAGCCGAAAAACUUUACUCUCCUUACGCACAAUCGGCUCCAACUACCGAAGAUAACUCCUUCUUUCAUCAAAUAAUACUGGAUGAAUUCAAGACAGUUAUCACUGCAGUUAGAAUUUCUGAUGAAAAGAAGAAGAAGAAGAUCAAGGAAAUUUUAGAAGAAAAGGCAAGACGAGACCGUGAAAAAGCCAAAGAAAAUAACCAAAUCGAAUUCGGUUUCUCCUUCAAUAACGCAAGAAACAUCGACGAGGACAGUGAUAGUGAUGAAGAUGAAGAAGCUAAAAGACGUGCUCUCUCCGAGCUCAAAUUCGAUGACGAUGAACAUAACAAACCCAGCGAACCUGAACCUACCAAUCCAGCCGUGGAAGUAUCGUCCGAUGCUAAACCCAAAGAAGAAGAGCACGUCCAAAAAGAGGUCCUUGAAGAUAAAAUCGGCAUUAAUAACGUGGGUAUUCCCCAGGUAAUCGACGGCCAAGGAGAGCCUACAGAAACCUUAGCAUCUACAGACCAGAAUGAACCAAACACCGAACCUGCGGAGUCCAUUGAAGGUGCCCCUGCGGCGGUCUCUUCUGCAGAUGAAGACGAUGACUUAGAUGUUUUAGAAGACCUCAUCGAUAACGAAGUAACCGAUAAGCAACCACCCGCCCCACCACCCGCCCAACCUCCGCAAACACAAUCUGAGCACGCCCCACCGCACCCAGCUGGGGAGGACGAUCAAGAGUCGGACGAAGACAUGUUUGAGGAUAUUGUAUAACAACCUUGUAUGUACUAUUUGUAAUAUAUGUCUAUUUCUAUAAA